AUGGUUGAGUUGCCUGUGGUAUCGAGCUUGUUUCAACUCUACAAGGUCAGAAACCUCAGCGAAAUUUCGGGCACAGAAUUCUCUGUACUGUGCGCUCUGGUUGAUGGGAUUCCAAGGUGGGGAGGAUGUAUAAGGGAUCUCCACGUGGCAGAUGACGGACUGGUCGUGUUUCCUCUCCGAUUGUCAACGAGCAAAAUGUGUGGUGCGAACUCCAUUGCCUUUGGAGAUGUGAACGAAGCCACAUUGACAAACAGACUCAAUUUGGAAGAAGAUGAAUUCUUGAUGCGAGAGAAACGUGAUGGUUUCUAUAUGCUGAUGAUGACAAGAACUUGGCUCAGGCUAUUGCAGCAGCACGUCUAG